AUGGAUGAAGAUGGCGACUGGUUUGGAAAGAUGACAGGAGUGGGUUUGGCGGCAACAGAUUUGUUUAUGGCUGUGCGUAAUAACGAGAGUGGUGGUUUGUGGAAUUUUGUAGUAGGCUAUUUAUUCACAGGAAGCAUUCAUGGUCAAAUACCUGAAUCCAUCUUCAACCUCUCCAUGUUACAAGCACUUUCUUUGACUGACAAUAGUAUAUCCGGCAAUCUUCCAUCAUCAAUUGCCAAUGGUCUCCCUAAUCUUGAACUUCUUUUACUUGGUGGCAAUCAAUUGAGUGGAGAAAUUCCUGCCUCUAUUUCAAAUUUUUCAAAGCUUACUAAGUUGGAUCUUGGUGAAAACUUCUUCCACAGACGAGUGCCGCUGAAUCUUGGGAAUUUAUUACAUAGCCUAGAGUCUCUAUAUUUUGGUAUUAAUCAGUUGACAAAAGAUCCUUCAGUGCCCGAAUUGGAUUUUCUUAUUUCAUUGCAAAAUUGUAGGAUGUUGAAAUUAAUAGGGAUGGAAAACAAUCCUUUCGGCGGAAUAUUACCAAAAUCAUUAGGUAAUUUGUCAACAUCUGUUGAAAAUUUUGAAGCUGGUCAUUGUGGUAUUAAAGGUAUCAUUCUGAAUGAAAUUGGUAAUUUGAGCAACUUGAUCAGGUUAGACAUUGGAGGCAAUGAAUUGACUGGAAGAAUUCCUAACACAUUGGGUCAAUUAAGAAAAUUGCAAAAGUUGAUACUCAGUUUCAAUAAACUACGGGGGUCAGCAUCUGCCAACCUUUGCAAUUUGGUACAUAUGUAUUAUCUUGAUUUGGGAAAUAAUCAACUUUCUCAACAGUUGCCAAAGUAUUUAGGAAAUCUUAUGACUUUACGAGAAAUUUAUCUAGAUUACAACUCAAUGACUUCCACUAUCCCAUCAACACUGUGGAAUAACAAGGAAAUUCUGAUUUUGAGUUUGGCUCAUAAUUUGUUUAAUGGGUCGCUAGCACAAGAAAUUGGCAACAUUAAGAGCAUAAAAAGUCAUAUGCCUGAAUCGUUUGGUAGUCUGAUUUCAUUGAAAAUAUUGGAUUUAUCGAAGAACAAACUCGAUGGUGUUAUCCCCAAGUCAAUGGAGAAACUUGAGUACCUUGAGAAUUUCAAUGUUUCAUUCAAUGAACUCAUUGUGAAAUUCCCAAUGGAGGGCCUUUUAAGAACUUCAAGUCAGAUAUUUUCGUGGGCAAUAGAGACUUGUGUGGAGCAUCUCAAUUUAAGCAGAAAAACACUUCUUCAAGCUCUGUCUACUUCUCCCUUCACCAUCAAGAGGAUUUCAUAUUCUGAAGUUCUUGAUGCUACAAAGAAAUUUGGUGAAGAGAAUUUGAUUGGCAAAGGCAGUGUUGGUACAUUGUACAAGGGAGUAUUUUCAGAUGGAAUGAUAGCUGCUAUUAAGGUGUUUAAUUUAGAUUUGGAAGAAGCAAACAAUAGUAUUGAUUCUGAGUGCCAAAUACUAUGCAACAUUCGUCACAGAAAUCUUGUUAAGGUUAUUAGUAGUUUUUCUAAUCUUCAUCUUAAAGCCUUGGUACUGGAAUAUAUGCCUCAUGGAAACCUUACCAAAUGGAUCUUCUCGAGCAACUAUUUCCUAAAUAUAGCUCAAAGGUUGGAAAUAAUGAUAGAUGUUGCUUUCGCACUUGAGUAUCUACAUCAUGGGAAUCCCUAUUCAAUUGUCCAUUGUGAUUUGAAGCCUAGCAACAUACUUUUAGAUGACGAUAUGGUUGCCCAUGUUGUUGACUUUGGCAUUGCCAAGCUUUUAUCUGAAGACCAGAGAAUUUUGUUGACCAAGACCUUGGGCACCAUUGGAUAUAUGGCUUCGGGUAAAUGGUCUCUAUCAACUGCUUCCAUAUGUAUAGUUAAAUAUUAUACAAGUAAUUAUUCACCAGUGUUUUGCAUGCUAACAGUAUAUUAGUGUUUUGGUAUUGGUUCUCAUUUAUUGAUCUGUCAUGUAACAUUUCACUUGAUAAUUUGGUCAAAUAUUCCAAUUUUGUAGAGUAUGGAUCGACAGGAUUAAUAUCAGCUAUGGCGGAUGUUUAUAGCUAUGGGAUUAUGCUAAUUGAGACAUUUACAAAAAAGAAGCC